AUGGCAGGUAAAGGAGAAAAGACUCCGUUGCUGAGUGGAGGUGAAAAUCAAAACUACUACUUCCUUAAUCCUCUGAAGAAAGUAUUCAGCCAAUUCGGAGACGGGGAUGAGGGUGAAACUGUUGAAGAUCUUCCACCAGGAGCCACGGCCGAAGACUUUGAGCCACGGAUGUUGGGGGCGUCGUCCAAGGGGUUGCCCCGAACUCCAGUUCUGAAUCAAGCCAGCAAAGAACCCGGUUUCUUUGGCAAGCUCUUUGGCGGUGCCUCGAAGCCAAAACAGGAACGCAUCCAACUCAAGCCACGAAAGGCUCCCAUCAAGAUUGAACCGAAGGUUUUCUUUGCCAAUGAAAGAACCUUUUUGGCGUGGAUGCACGUAUCAAUCAUUUUGGCCGGAGCGUCGAUUGCAAUUCUUGCCUUUUCCAACACCAAGAAGAGUACUCCGGGGUCUCAACUCUAUGGACUCAUCAUGCUUCCCGUUGCGGUCUGCUUUAUCGUAUAUUCCAUGUAUCAGUACAUGCGACGGGCCUACAUGAUUCGCAAUAAGCAUCCAGGACCAUACGAUGAUACUGUUGGGCCUACUGUUCUCGGUAUCAUUCUUAUGAUGAGCAUCGUCGGACAGUUUGUCAUUAAGCUCAACGCAAUUGUUUCCUAA